AGCGCGCCGUGCGUGCCGUGCGUGCGUGCGUGCGUCCGCGCGUGCGUGCGUGCGUGCGUGCGUGCGUGCUUGCGCUCGGCGGCGGCGGCGGCGGCGGCGCAGCGUCCCCUGCCCCGAAUGAAAGGGACGGUCCCGGCGAGCGAGCGGCCGUGAGCGACCGGCGGCGACGGGGGGGUGGGGGUGUGCCCGAGCUGCUCCUCUCCCCGGCGCCCCACCCGCCGCACGGCAUUGAGAGGAUUGAAGUGGCAUUCUAAGGUCAUUUAAAAUCAUGACAAGCUCAGUCGGACAGAAAAAAGUCUCUUCAAGACAAAGGAAGUGUGGUUUUUGUAGAUCUAAUAAAGAUAAUGAAUGUGGACAAUUGUUGAUGUCAGAAAACCAGAAGGUGGCAGCACAUCACAAAUGUAUGCUGUUCUCAUCUGCACUGGUAUCUUCACACACUGAUAAUGAGAGUCUUGGUGGAUUCUCUAUUGAAGAUAUUCAGAAAGAAAUAAAGAGAGGCACUAAACUGAUGUGCUCUUUAUGCCAUUGUCCUGGAGCGACCAUUGGCUGUGAUGUGAAAACCUGUCACAAGACAUAUCACUACUACUGUGCUUUGCAUGAUAAAGCUCAGAUAAGAGAGAAACCCUCACAAGGCAUUUACAUGAUUUUAUGUCGAAAACACAAGAAAACUACGCAUAACUCUGAAGAUUUAGAAGAAAGUAUCAAUGAACACGAGUUGGAGCCUUCACCUCCCAAAGGAAAAAGGAGGGGUCGUAAGGGAAAGCCGAGAAAAACAAAUCUAAAGGGGCAAUCAGAAGACACUAGAUCUACGUCCUCACAUGGCACAGAUGAAAUAGAAAGCAGUUCCUAUAGAGACAGGUCUCCCCACAGAAGCAGCCCCAGUGAUACAAAACCUAAAUGUGGAUUCUGUCAUGCAGGUGAAGAAGAAAAUGAAGCUAGAGGAAAGCUUCAUAUAUUUAAUGCCAAAAAGGCUGCAGCACACUAUAAGUGCAUGUUGUUCUCUUCUGGCACUGUCCAGCUAACAACAACUUCAAGGGCAGAGUUUGGUGAUUUUGAUAUUAAAACUGUACUUCAAGAAAUCAAGAGAGGAAAAAGAAUGAAAUGCACGCUUUGCAGCCAGCCUGGUGCUACUAUCGGGUGUGAAAUUAAAGCCUGCAUAAAAACAUACCAUUACCACUGUGGAGUAGAAGACAAAGCUAAAUACAUUGAGAAUAUGUCACGAGGAAUUUAUAAACUCUAUUGUAAAAACCAUAGUGGAAAUGAUGAAAGAGAUGAAGAGGAUGAAGAAAGAGAAAGCAAAAGCCGUGGCAAAUCAGGCACUGACCAUAAUGACAUUCCUCAGCAGCAGCUCAAUGGAAACUAGGUAUGGAAGUUACUCCUGACAGAUCUGUUACCGAGACUGAAACGCAAUAUACAUUUAAUGUAGUUUAUUGCAGUGAAGUAUUUAAAUCUAGUGUAUGCAGAUAAGUACUUUUUAUUGGCAUACUGUAGAAAAAUGGGGAGGAAUUGUUGUUUUUUAAAUCCAGCUGACUUUGUAACAGUGUAAGAAGGGAGGCCCUCGUUUCUAUCGCUAAAUAUAGAUGUAAUGUCAGAGCUGCUAAAUGCUUUCCUGUAUGAUUUUAAAUUUACUAUUGUUUUCAUCGUUUUUUAAACAGGUUCAAGGGACAGAGUUAUAGAAGUGGGAAUGGCUAAGACAUCAUAACUACUAAUUCUUUUAAAUUGUUUUCUAAAAUCAGAAAAGGGCUAGUAAGUCUUUACUGCCCGACUCUGUUAGAAAUUUCAUUGAACUGCCUGAAACGUUCAUGUGUGUGAGCCUUCAGUAAGUGGCAGAGUUUUACAUGUCAAUAUUAUGUAGUUUGUAGUCUGCAGUGUCUGGAAAAAAUGAAACACUAUAUAAAUGAUAUGUAAUAUGUACAGUGUCAAAAGUUAAGGCAGACAUUGAAAUGAAGUAAGAUCUAUAUUUCUGGACUGAAUAAAAACCUUAAGAUUUGGAAUGUGUAAGUUGUUUAGUGGAUUCAUGCAACGAGGGAAAGGUCUUAGCUAGUUUAAUUAACAACAUGGACAAGUUCGUGGUGGCAACAAGCUGGUACUUUGUGAAUUUUGCAUUUUCUUCAUACACAAGUUACGGAGGCUAUACAUGGGAAAGCCGCUCUCUGUUUUUUGCUUGCAAAGCACACAGUAGAAAAGGACUCAUUGUACACCGAAGCACGCUUGAACAUUUCAGGUUGUUCCUGUUGUGAUUGCUCAUUCCGCCCAGCAUUGUUUGCGGGAGAUUGACUUGAGCAGCUGUUGGUUCUGAGCUGUGAGCUUUAGAACUCAUGCCAAAGGGCUGUAGUUCAUUCUUUCCCCGAGGACCCACCUCUUUCUGUGUCCCUGAUUUACAAAGAACACUUCACUAAGUGUGAUUAAAACCUUACCCUACAAAUGUUUGGACUCUGCAGCCCAAUCUCUUUUACUUCAGAGAGUUACAACUCUUCACUCACUAUGGAAUUUAGCCACCAUAUCUGACGUCCAUACCUCAAGUGUUCUGUCGUGUGUGGAACACUUCAUCUUUUGUCCAGAAUAUGCAUAAAGGUCCCAUAUUCUGCAAGAAGAAAGAGGAAACAACCUGUUUUGCUAGAUUGGUAUUUAUUUUUUAGUCUUAUGACCACUAUAUGAGAAACUCUGCUUAUCAUCCUUAUUGUUUUAGCGAUUAUUUUUUUUCCUCUUUCUGUCAAGUCAGCAAUCACGUCAUGGAAUUCUACUUGCUAGAGUCCAAUGUUCCUUUAGGGAAUAAUCGGAUCUAGGCUAUACCAAACCUAACAGCUCAGUCCUCUGACUGCUUUCAAAACGCCUUGUUGUUUCUAAUGGCUACUAGCUUCUUCAAUUGGUCUGUUAAAGCACAUUCUCAGACUUACUUAAAUAAAACCAAAAAGCUGAAUCUAGUCCAUAUGUUUGUUGCUAUCGCAUCACCUUAUUGUUUGUUUAGGGGUUUGACUUGUUUCACUCUGAAUUCCCAACAAAACUUCUGGAUUUGAAGGAAGGAAACAAGCAAAAUACACUGAUUUGACUAUAAACUGCUACAGUUCUUCUGUGAUUGGUAUUGCAAAAACAGUUCAUUUGUAACAUGAGUUUCUGUAGCAUUUUUUACUUGUAUUUUUAAGAGAUUUAAUGUGUGUCAUUUGUCUUCUUAUGCAUUCCCUUAAUGUCUUGAGGGACUCAAUUACUGUAUAUUGGAGUUUCUAACAUUUUACCUGUUAGAACUCAAUCAAUUCUGUUUGCUUUCCUGGAGAAUAAUGCCGUUUUGGAAAGAAAUAUUGCUGUGUACAGAACAUAUUCAGUUACUGCUCUAAACAUGAUGCCAUUGAUCAUUUUUAUUUUGUAUUUGUAACUUUCAAAAUUAAAAGCGUGACUUGAAUUGCAAUGACAGAUCGGUUAUUGAAAUUGUCUAUCAAGGUGUUUUGUUUCUCCUAGAAUAUGAACAUUUUUCAGCCACUCAGAACAGUUUUAGGAUGCAAAACGACAUCCUUCGAUGUUUAAAUGACUUCUAGAUUUGUGCCUCAGACAUGGCCCUCCCAUGGAAGAAAGGCACUUUGUUUGCAGCUACUGUAUUUUAACUAAGGUUGCAUGGGGUAGAUCUGCCAGCAUACUGAUUGUAUUUGAGACUGAGCUCUAAUUCAUAGUGUGUCAGUUGCUUAGUAUAAUAUUCAGUCCAACGAUUCAUCUGUUAGGAAAUAAAUUACCCCGUUCCAUGCCUCGAAGAACCACAGCAGCACUUUACCUUCGGGUAGCAGAAAAGUAAGUGGCUGGUUUACCUGUUACCUCUCUGUGCUGAGGUGGCCUGACUACGCUGCCAUUAAUUCAGAAUUCAUGGAAACAAAGUCAAAAGCAAAAAUCUUUUCUUACGAGCCUCAAAUUUGUCAUAACUGACUUCAACUCAUGUAUGCUGGGUAAAAGUGCCUUACAAUGUAAAAAUUGUAUUUAUAUGUUCCCAAGUAGCAUCACCUGCUGGGGAGUAAUUCUGUUGUGGUGUUAAUAUUUAGAAGAAAUGUACCUCAGCAGUGUAUUUACUGUACAUCUCUUACAUCCUUAAUUGUAGUUUUAAAAAGCAUGACGAUGUAUGAUACUAUACAACAUUUACAUCAUUUUUUUAAAGACAAAAUACUGCCAUUACUGUCUUUUUAUGUGUAUUUUAGCUUGGAAUUUCAGACAGUCUGUCUGAAUAUUUUUUCUUUUUUUUUUU